AUGCCACCACGAACACUUAAAGAAAAAAAUGAGAAAGAAGUCGCCAGAGCAAUAAAUCAAUAUUGUCUGGUUUCUGAGGGUAGCAGCGUGAUCCCUAAACAAGAGAUCACCAUCCAAACGACCAGCUACUGUAAUGUGAGGAAGCCUAGCUCCGAAAGUACUCCGAAACCAGGUACGGAACGGCGGAUCACCGCUGGCUGCCCGCAGAGUUCUCAGCCGCGGAGAGUCGUCGACGGCAUUUCGGGCGAGCGGAAAAUGAGCCAUAACGCAUCCUUUGCUUGCUUGCUGUCCGAAUCGCCCGCCGCUUUCGUUGACUCAUUGAAGGUACGUGUUGAUGGCGGCCUUUCUCGUCUCGCCAUUCUGCCGCCUUUUCAGUGGCGGAAUGACCCGCCGUCUUUUUCACGGUGA